AUGUGUACAUAUGUCCCUGGCCCACCAAUAAAAUUCCACGUAACUGAUGUGAGCAAGUCUCAAAUCUCCCUUGCCUGGGAACGUCCAUUAUCUGAUGGCGGCACCCCGAUCAAGGGUUACAUUAUCGAGCGAAAGUCCAAGACAAGUCAACGCUGGGUCAAGAUGAACAAGACACUCGUCCCAGAGCUUGCCUUCACUGUGACAGAUGUGACAGAGAAUCAGGAGUAUGAGUUCCAGGUCUCUGCCGAGAAUGCCGAGGGUGUUGGUGCUCCUGCGGAUACUCUUGGACCAAUCAAAGCUAAGAAUGCUUUUGAUGUUCCCGAACAGCCAGGCAAACCCAAGGUUGUAGAGAUCACUGCUGAGACGGCCAAGGUGACUUGGUCCCCUCCAAGAGACGAUGGUGGCAGUCCUAUUGUGAACUACCUUCUCGAAAUGAAGAAGCCUUCUGACACAAAAUGGUCUUCUGUCAAUGCUGACUUCACAAUUCCCUUGCCGGAGCAUACCGUGCCAGGCUUGAAGAUGGAGACUGACUACAUGUUCAGGGUGACAGCUUACAACAAGGCUGGGCCCAGCAAACCAUCCGAACCUUCAGAUGUGGCCAAGUAUGAAACGCCAGUCAAGAUCAUACGUGAGCUCAAGGACAGCCAGAUCAAGAAAAUUCCUGACAAAGUGACUUUGGAAGCCGAGCUUAACAAGCCCAAUGUUGAGGUGCAGUGGUUCAAGAAUGAUCAGCCCAUCUCACCAAGCCCCAAGUACAAGAUCGAAGCAAAGGGCAACAUUCAUCGUCUGACUGUAAAUGAUGUAAACGCAGAAGAUGAUGCAGACUACACAAUGAAGGUCAAGGACACAGACCUGAAGACAACUGCUGCUAUCUUUGUUGAAGUGCCUCCUAAGUUCAUGCUUGACAAGAAGUUUGAGGACACCAUCAUCAUGAAGGUCAAGACAUCCAAGGUCAUUGAGGUGCCGUUUGUCGCCAGCCCGAUGCCAAAGAUCACAUGGGCUUUCAAUGACGGCAAAUUCUCUGAUGAGAAACGUGUGACCGUGGAGACAAUCCGCGGUAUGACUGCCCUGACGAUCAGUCGAGCUGAGAGACAGGAUGCCGGAGAUUACACGCUCAAGAUCGAGAACAAGUUCGGCACAAUAAGCAUGACUGUUCAUGUCAAGGUCCUUGAUAAACCAACACCAGUCAGAAAUCUUGCUCCUGAUGAGAUCACACCAGAGUCUGUUCACCUGACAUGGAAGGAACCAGAAGAUAAUGGUGGCUCUGACAUCACAGCAUACAUCAUCGAGAGACGCGACGCUAACCGCCAGAGUUACAACAAGAUUGGCCAGGUCAAAACUCUUGACUACCUGGCCACAAAGCUAGUGGAAGGCAACCAAUACGUCUUCCGAGUCAUUGCAGAGAAUGAGGUUGGACAGAGCGAUGGGGUUGAAACAAAGUCAAUCACCGCCAAGUAUGGGUUUGACAAACCAGGUCCCCCUGAAGCUCCAACCAUCUCAGAUAUCUUCAAGACUUCUGCCACUCUCAACUGGCAGCCGCCAGCAAAUGAUGGUGGGGCUCCAAUCCUUGGAUACCACCUUGAGCGCCGCCUGACUUCCAGUUCCCGCUGGACCAAGAUCAAUGACAAGGUCAUCAAGGAGUUGACCUUCAAGGAUGAUGACCUUAAGGAGGGCAUGGAGUACAUGUACCGCGUAAUGGCUGAGAACAAGGCUGGUGUCGGGCCACCAAGUGAACCAAGCAAGCCUUUCACUGCUAAGGACCCUUGGAAUAAACCAGGACCACCUGGAAUUCCCGACUUCAGCGACAUCACAGAUACUUCUGUACGCCUGGCUUGGACUCCUCCUACCGAUGACGGUGGGGCCCCCAUCACCGGAUACCACAUUGAACAUCAAAUAGCAGGAUCUGGAAAGAAAUGGACGCCGUCUACCGUUGAUAAGGUUACAGAGACAACUCUGGUUGUCAAGAGGUUGAAAACAAAUGAGCAGUAUGUGUUCCGAGUCUGCGCCGAGAAUAAGGUUGGGACUGGGCCAUUCUCCAAGAAUACCGAACCUAUCAAAAUCAAGGCACCGCUUGUUGGUGACGCACCAGUUCUCGAGUCUGACCUUCAGGAUGUAACCGUUGUCAUGCCACUGGAUGCAGUCAUGGAAUGUGACAUCAAGCCUGGAAGUCCAGCUGCUGAAAUCAAGUGGUUCAAGAAUGGCAAACAGAUCACGACCAAUGGUAAAUACAAGAUGACCUACAAGAACAAGGUCGCAAAGAUGAUGGUGACUGACACCAAACCCGAGGAUGCUGCUGCUUACAAGUGUGUGGGAUCCAACAUCAUCGGCAGUGUGGAGUCAUUUGCUAACCUCACUGUGCACAUGCACCCCAAUAUUGAACAUGACAAGAAAUACAAGGAGCCCCAGUCCCUGAAGGCUGGCAAGACGUACACCCUCCCCGUCACCAUCACGGGUAUACCUACACCUACGGUAACAUGGACCAUCAACGACAAACCGCUUCAAGCAAGCAAGAAUGUCAUCAUUGAGGCUAAAGAUACACAUCAUACGAUUACUGUCAAGAACUUGACAAGACAAGACGGCGGAAGCUACUCUGUCGCCGCGGAGAAUAUUGUCGGGAAGAAGUACGCUGAAUUUGAACUCAAAGUUCUGGACAAACCGUCACCUCCGCGUGAAUUGAAGGUCACGGAGGUCCAGCGUGAGGCUAUAUCUGUUGCAUGGCAGCCAUCUGAGGAUGACGGAGGUUCGCCUAUCACCAACUACAUCUUGGAGAAGCGCGAUGCCAAGAAGAGUACAUGGUCUAGCGCCGGCAAAGUCAAACCAAAGGAAUUGGAAUUUACGGUUGCAAAACUGAUCGAGGGCAAUGAGUACUUCAUCCGUGUGAUUGCUGAGAAUGAGAUUGGUCGUAGUGAACCGUGUGAACUCAAGGAGCCUGUCAAGGCCAAGAGUCCAUUUGAUGUUCCUGGUCCACCAAUUAACCUACACUACACUGAUGUCAGUAAGAAGGCUAUCGCUAUCGCCUGGGAGAAACCAAAGUCUGAUGGAGGCUCCAAAAUCAUUGGCUACAUUGUCGAGAAGCGUCAAGCCACUAGCACUCGCUGGGUCAAAUUGAACAAGACGCCAGUUCCAGAGUUGUCCUACAACGUGACUGACGUAAUUGAGAACCAGGAGUACGAGUUCCAGGUCUCGGCAGAGAAUGCUGAGGGCGUCGGAGCUCCUUCCAAUACGAUUGGACCAAUCAAAGCCAAGGAUGCAUUUGGUGUACCUGGUCAACCGGGCAAACCCAUUGUAGAGGAGAUUACUGCAGACACUGCCAAGCUCACGUGGUCACCUCCACGUGACGAUGGUGGUGCCCCCAUCACAAACUACACCGUCGAGAUGAAACAGCCGAAUGAGUACAAGUGGUCCGUUGUCAAUGCUGACUUCACCGUGCCGAACCCACAGCAUGCUGUGACUGGUUUGAAGGCUGUGACAGAUUAUAUCUUCAGGGUGACAGCUGUCAACAAGGCUGGACCUGGCAAGGAGUCGGAGCCAUCAGAUGUGGCCAAAUAUGAAACCCCAAUCGAAAUCAUCAAGCCAACAGAAGAUGUAGAGGUCAAGAAGAUGCCAGCAGACGUCAGUUUCGAAUGUAAACUCAACAAAGCAGAUGUUGAUGUCGAAUGGUACAAGGAUGGCAAACUGCUCGCACCCAACAAGAAAUACAAGAUGGAGGCCAAGGGCACCAUCUAUAAACUGACUGUGACUAGUGUGAAUGAUGAGGAUGAUGCUGAGUACAUGUUCAAGGUCAAGGGCAAAGAUGUCAAGUGCAAGGCUGGGUUGUUCGUUGAAGUUCCACCCAAGUUCAUGCUUGACAAGAAGUUUGAAGAUACCAUCAUCAUGAAGGUCAAGACAUCCAAGGUCAUUGAGGUGCCAUUUGUCGCGAGCCCGAUGCCAAAGAUCACAUGGGCUUUCAAUGACGGGAAAUUCUCUGAUGAGAAACGUGUGACCGUAGAGACGAUCCGCGGUAUGACAGCCCUGACCAUCAGCCGAGCUGAGAGACAGGAUGCCGGAGAUUACACGCUCAAGAUCGAGAACAAGUUCGGCACAAUCAGCAUGACUGUUCAUGUCAAGGUCCUGGAUAAACCAACACCGGUCAGAAAUCUUGCUCCCGAUGAGAUCACACCAGAGUCUGUUCAUCUGACAUGGAAGGAACCAGAAGACAAUGGUGGCUCUGACAUUACAGGAUACAUCAUUGAGAGACGCGAUGCUAACCGCCAGAGUUACAACAAGAUUGGCCAAGUCAAAACACUUGAGUACCUCGCCACAAAGCUAGUGGAAGGCAACCAAUAUGUCUUCCGAGUCAUUGCAGAGAAUGAGGUUGGACAGAGCGAUGGGGUUGAAACGAAAUCCAUCACCGCUAAAUAUGGCUUUGACCCACCAGGUCCACCUGAGACUCCAACCAUCUCCGAAAUCUUCAAGACAUCUGCUGUCAUUUCCUGGCAACCACCAGUCAAUGAUGGCGGUGCCAAGGUCACUGGGUACCAUCUGGAGCGCCGCUUGACCUCGAGCAACAGAUGGUCCAGGAUCAACAAGAAGGCAAUAACGGAGUUGACCUUCAAGGAUGAUGACCUCAAGGACGGUAUGGAGUAUGAAUACCGUGUGAUGGCUGAGAACAAGGCUGGAAUUGGGCCACCGAGCUCACCAUCCAAACCAUUCACAGCCAAGGAUCCUUGGGAUAAACCUGGGCCACCUGGUAUCCCAGAAUUCAGCGAAAUCACCGACACAUCUGUACGCCUAACAUGGACUCAACCCACUGAUGAUGGUGGUGCCCCUAUCACAGGUUACCAUGUCGAACAACAGGUCCUCGGUUCCGGCAAGAAAUGGGCACCAUCUUCUGUCGACAAGGUGACAGAGGAGACGUUACUUGUCAAGCGACUCAAGACAGACACGGAGUACGUUUUCCGAGUGUGCGCUGAGAACAAGGUUGGCACUGGACCGUUUUCCAAGAACACGGAACCGAUCAAGAUCAAGGCAAUUCUAGUUGGAGAUGCACCAAUCCUUGAUCUCGACCUCGAAGACAAGAUUGUCAUCUCACCAGCUGAAGCUGUCAUGGACUGUGAGAUCAGGUCGGGUAGCCCCGCUGCUGAAAUCAAAUGGUUCAAGAAUGGCAAGCUGAUCACCUCCAAUGGUAAAUACAAGAUGACCUACAAGGACAAGUUGGCCAAACUGGUUGUCACGGACACCAAACCCGAGGAUGCCGCUUCUUACAAGUGCGUGGGAUCCAAUAUCAUCGGAAGUGUUGAGACUUCGGCUAAUCUAGUUGUGCACUUGCACCCAGGUAUUGACCACGACAAGAAAUACAAGGAACCUCAGUCCAUCAAGGCUGGUAAGACGUUCGCCGUCCCAGUCAAGGUGACUGGUAUACCCAAACCUGCCGUCACUUGGUCCCUGAACAACAAGCCACUCUCUACCUCCAAGAAGGUUAUCUUGGAUAUCAAGAAUGGGGACCAGACGAUCACCGUUAAGGAGUUGAAGAGAGAAGAUGCUGGGAUCUAUACAGUCUCCGCUGAGAACGUUGUUGGACGUAAACAUGCUGAGUUUGAACUGAAGGUUCUCGACAAACCAUCCCCACCACAAGACCUGAAGGUCACCAAAGUAGAGCGUGAGGCAAUCUCUGUUGCCUGGCAACCACCAAAGGACGAUGGUGGUUCACCAAUCACACGGUAUGUCCUGGAGAAACGUGAUGCCAAGAAAUCGACAUGGUCCAGCGCCGGCAAGGCCAAGCCAACAGAACUUACGCAGACAGUCUCUAAACUGAUCGAGGGCAAUGAGUACUUCAUCCGUGUGAUUGCUGAGAAUGAGAUUGGUCAGAGUGAACCGUGUGAACUGAAGGAGCCUGUCAAGGCCAAGAGUCCAUUUGAUGUUCCUGGCCCACCACAGAAACUACAUCCCACAGAUGUUAGCAAGACCAAAAUAUCCAUCGCUUGGGAGAAACCCAAAACAGAUGGUGGGAGUCCCAUCCUUGGCUACAUCAUCGAGCGCAAAGGUGCCACAAGUACCCGAUGGGUCAAACUAAACAAGACACGAGUGCCAGAGUUGGCCUAUGAUGUCACAGAUGUUACAGAGAACCAGGAGUAUGAGUUCCGUGUAUCGGCCGAGAAUGCAGAAGGCCAAGGACCGCCAUGUGAUACACUUGGACCAAUCAAAGCAAAGGAUCCUUAUGACGUCCCAAGCAAGCCCGGCAAACCAGUGGUCGAAGAGAUCACAGCCGAAUCUGCCAAGGUAACCUGGAGCCCCCCACGAGACAAUGGUGGAAGCCCUAUUGUCAACUACCUACUUGAAAUGAAGCAGCCGUCCGAUUACAAGUGGUCAGCAGUCAAUGCUGACUUCACCAUCCCGACGCCAGAGCACACUGUCAAGGGGUUGAAGGCCGAGACUGAUUAUGUGUUCAGGGUGACAGCUGUCAACAAGGCUGGACCUGGAAAGGAGUCUGAGCCAUCUGAUGUUGCCAAAUAUGAAGUUCCGUUGAAGAUCCUCAAGGAACUUGAAGACACCGAAGUCAAGAAGAUGCCAGCAGAUGUCACAUUUGAAUGUAAACUCAACAAAGAGGAAGUGGAAGUCGAAUGGUACAAAGACGACCAUCUCUUGACUCAUGGCAAGAAAUACAAGAUGGCAGCUAAGGGCGCCACCUAUAUACUCACUGUUAAUGAUGUCAAUGAUGAGGAUGAUGGUCCAUAUACAUUCAAGGUCAAGGGCAAAGACCUGAAGUCGCAGGCGGGACUCUUUGUUGAAAUCCCACCCAAGUUUAAUUUGGAUAAGUCCUUCAAGAAGACCAUUAUAAUGAAUGUUAAGACCUCCAAGGUCAUUGAGGUACCAUUCGUCGCCUGCCCGAUGCCCAAGAUCGCAUGGGCUUUCAACGACGGUAAAUUCUCCGAUGAGAAACGUGUGACUGUGCAGACAAUCCGUGGUAUGACAGCCCUGACGAUCAGCCGUGCUGAGCGACAGGAUGCCGGAGAUUACACACUCAAGAUCGAGAACAAGUUCGGCACAAUCAGCAUGACUCUUCAUGUCAAGGUCCUGGAUAAACCAACACCCGUCAGAAAUCUUGCUCCCGAUGAGAUCACACCAGAGUCUGUUCACCUGACAUGGAAGGAACCAAAAGACAAUGGCGGCUGUGACAUCACAGGUUAUAUCAUCGAGAGACGCGACGCCAACCGCCAGAGUUACAACAAGAUUGGGCAAGUCACGAAGUGUGAGUUCAAAGCGACGAAGCUUGUGACUGGUUCCCAGUACGUCUUCCGUGUCAUCGCAGAGAAUGAGGUUGGACAGAGUGAGCCGGUCGAUACUAAGACCAUCACAGCAAAGUUUGGCUUCGACAAACCAGGAGCACCGGAUGCACCAACCAUCUCCGACAUCUUCGUCAACUCUGCCACCGUAUCUUGGAAACCGCCAUCAGAUGACGGUGGCUCCCCGAUCACGGGCUAUCAUAUCGAACGCCACCUGACCUCCAGCACUCGCUGGGUGAAACUGAACAAGAAACUUCUGACAGACUUGACCUUCAAGGACGAUGACCUCAAGGAGGGCAUGGAGUAUGAAUACCGUGUGAUGGCUGAGAAUAAGGCUGGUGUUGGUCCACCGAGUGCACCGAGCAAGCCGUUUACUGCCAAGGACCCAUGGGACAAGCCAGGCCCACCCGGUAUCCCAGAAUUCAGCGAGGUGACAGACACAUCAGUCAAGGUCACUUGGACACCACCAGAAAAUGACGGGGGAGCCCCAAUCAAAAACUAUCACCUUGAGUACUCAACUGGUGCCAAGUGGACACCAGCUACUCUGGAUGUCCUAACAGACACAUAUACGGUCGCCAAGCGACUCAAAACCGAUGGGGAGUACCAGUUCCGAGUUUGCGCUGAGAAUAAGGUCGGAUCUGGCCCGUUCUCGAUGAACAAGGAACCAAUCAAAAUCAAGGCGCCUCUGGUUGGCGACGCCCCGAUCAUGGAUAUGAAGCUUGAGGAUACAACUGUCAUCUGCCCUGAGGAAGCUGUGUUGGACUGCCAGAUCCAGCCUGGGAAACCUGCUGCUGAGGUCAAGUGGUUCAAGGAUGGUAAACAGAUCACCUCAAAUAGUCGCUACACGAUGACCUACAAGGGCAAGAACGCCCAACUCAAGAUUAAGGACACCACCCCCCAGGAUGCUGCAAUGUACAAGUGUGUUGGAUCGAACAAAAUCGGAAGUGUUGAGACAUCUGCUAACCUCCUGGUUCACAAACGACCUGAAAUUGAGUACGAUGAGAAGAAGUUUGCCAAACCGCAGGCUCUGAAGGCCAACACGAUCUUCAACGUCCCGGUCAAGGUCACCGGUAUCCCUACACCCAAGGUCACAUGGACAUUGAAUGGGAAACCCGUCGAACAGUCCAAGAAACUGAACAUUGAGGCCAGAGCCGAGAGCUAUGUCUUGACGGUGAAGAACCUAACCAAACAAGAUUCGGGUGUCUAUACCGUGUCUGCUGAGAAUCUCGUUGGAAAGAAACACGCUGAAUUUGAGCUGAUUGUGACGGAUAAACCUUCUCCGCCGCAUGAUUUGAAGGUCACAGAAGUCCAGAGGGAUGCUGUGAUGGUUGCCUGGCAACCACCAGUGGAUGAUGGUGGCUCGCCGCUCACGCAGUACGUCCUGGAAAGACGCGAUGCCAAACGCACAAACUGGACCAGCGCUGGAAAGUGCAAGCCAACAGAGUUGACGCAGUUGCUUACUAAACUUAUUGAAGGCAAUGAGUAUUUCAUCCGUGUGAUUGCUGAGAAUGAAAUUGGUCAGAGUGAGCCAUGUGAACUGAAGGAGCCAGUUAAACCAAAGAGUCCAUUUGAUGUUCCUGGUCCACCCCGGAAUCUCCACUGCACCGACGUCAGCAAGAAACAAAUCUCUAUCGCUUGGGAAAAACCAAAAUCUGACGGAGGCUCCAAGAUUAUUGGCUACUAUGUCGAGCAGCGCAAGGCCAAGAGUUCCAGGUGGAUUCGACUCAACAAGAGGCCAGAACCCGAGUUGUUGUACACCGUGUCGGAUGUCAUCGAGAACCAGCAGUAUGAGUUCCAGGUCAUGGCGGAGAAUGCCGAGGGUGUUGGCGCUCCCGCUGAUACACUUGGACCAAUCAAGGCCAAGGAUGCAUUUGACCCGCCCGGCCAACCAGGCAAACCAAAGGCAAGCGACAUGACCGAGACAUCUGCCAAGCUUACCUGGUCACCUCCACGUGACAACGGUGGUGCCCCCAUCACUAACUACACCGUCGAGAUGAAGCAACCGAUGGAGUACAAGUGGUCAGUAGUCAACGCUGACUUCACCGUUCCCAUGCCAGAGUACACCGUGCAGGGAUUGAAGAAGGAGACCGACUACAUCUUCCGGGUGACAGCACAGAACAAGGCUGGUGCAGGACCACCAUCUGAACCGUCUGAUAUUGCUAGAUACGAAAUUCCUCUUGAGAUCCUGAAGAAUCUCGAGGACCAACACGUCAAGAAGAUUCCUUCCACCGCGACGUUCGAAUGCACCCUCAACAAACCCGACGUCGACGUUGAAUGGUACAAGAAUGACCAACACUUGUCGCACAGCAAGAAAUACAAAAUGGAGAACCGCGGGAAAUUGUACGUUUUGACGAUACAGAAGGUCGACGAUGAGGAUGACGCGGAAUAUACGUUUAAGGUCAAGGACAAGGAUCUCAAGUCACAGGCUGGGCUCUUCGUUGAAGUGCCGCCAGUUUUCAUGGUCGAUAAAAACUUCAAGGACACUAUCAUAAUGAAGGUCAAAACCUCCAAGGUUAUCGAAGUGCCCUUCAACGCCAGCCCCAUGCCAAAGAUCACUUGGGCUUUCAACGAUGGUAGAUUUACCGAUGAGAAACGUAUGACUGUUGAGACAAUUCGUGGUAUGACCGCGCUGACGAUCAGCCGUGCUGUGAGGGAUGAUGCUGGAGACUAUACACUCAAGAUUGAGAACAAGUUUGGCACCGUGAACAUGACUAUUAAGGUCAAGGUCUUAGACAAGCCAUCGCCACCCCGAAAUCUCCGCACAGAUAACGUCACUCCAGAGUCGGCCCAUCUGACCUGGAAAGAACCAGAAGACAAUGGCGGCUGUGACAUUACCGGUUACAUCGUCGAAAGGCGUGACGCUAACCGCCAGAGUUACAACAAGAUCGGCACCACCCAGAAGUGCGAAUUCACCGCCACGAAACUUGUCGAGAACAAUUCAUACAUCUUCCGAGUGGUUGCAGAGAAUGAGGUCGGACAGAGUGAACCUGUCGAAUCGUCGACAAUCAUUGCGAAAUACGGAUUUGGCGCAGAUAAACCCGGACCACCAGAGGAACCAGAGGUGACCGACAUCUUGCGGACAAGUGCUGUUGUCACCUGGAAGCCACCAACCAAUGAUGGUGGCUCCAAGGUCACUGGAUACCAGGUUGAACGCCGCCUGACGACUAGUAACCGCUGGGCCGUCAUUAAUAAAAAGCCGAUCACGGAUUUGUCCUACAAGGAUGAGGACCUCAAGGAUGGAAUGGAAUAUGAGUAUCGCGUCGCCGCCCAGAAUAUGGCCGGUGUUGGCGAACCUAGCUAUCCUUCAAAGAAGUUUACUGCCAAGGACCCAUGGGACAAACCCGGACCACCUGGCAUCCCCCACUUUAGCGAGGUGACAGACUCCUCUGUCAAGGUGACCUGGACUGCACCAGAAGACGAUGGGCGCACCCCAAUCACUGGCUACCACCUGGAAAUGAAACCAGCUACAGCAUCAAAAUGGACCCCAGCAUCUGUUGACAAGGUUACGGAUCUGAACUUCAUUGCACGGAGACUCAAGACGGAUACGGAAUACGUUUUCCGCGUUUGUGCUGAGAACAAGAUCGGAACUGGACCGUUCUCAAAGGCAACGGAACCGAUCAACAUCAAGGCUCCUCUGGUUGGUGACCCACCAGUGAUCGAGGGCCCACUCCAGGACGUGACUGUCGUCUCAUCAACUGAGGCUGUCAUGGAUUGCGACAUCGAACCUGGCGAACCUGCAGCAGAGAUUGAAUGGACUAAGGAUGGCAAACAGUUGCGGUCCUCCGGCCGAUUCUCUCUGACCUACAAGAACAAGACUGCUCAGCUGAAGGUCAAGGACACGACCCCUGACGACGCGGGUGAAUACAAGGUCACAGCGUCAAACGUUAUUGCGAGUGUCGACACUAAGGCGCAUCUUAUCGUGCACAUGGCACCCACUAUUGAAUAUGAGAAGAAAUACAGCGAACCCCAAGCAGUUAAAGCGGGAAAAUCCUUCAGUGUAUCGGUGACCGUCUCUGGUAUCCCGACACCACGAGUCUCCUGGUCUCUGAAUAAUGAUGUCCUGGAGGAAAACAAGAGGAUUACUCUUGACUCUCGUGAGAGGAAACACUACACGAUUACUGUCAAGAAUUUGAAGAAAGAGGACGCCGGUGUCUAUACCAUCUCGGCCGAGAAUAUCGUUGGCAGGAAGAACGCCGAGUUUGAACUCAAGGUUUUGGAUAAACCACUACCACCUCAAGACCUGAAAGUGACUGAAAUCCAGAGAGAUUCUGUCUCGGUGACCUGGCAAGCUCCAAAGGACGAUGGUGGCUCACCAAUCACCAAGUACACGCUGGAAAAACGUGACGCCAAGCGCACUAACUGGAGCAGCGCCGGUUCCGUCAAGGCUAAGGAGCUGACGUCAACAAUCAGCAAACUGAUUGAGGGCAACGAGUACUUCUUCCGUGUGAUUGCUGAGAAUGAGAUCGGUCAGAGUGAACCGUGUGAACUCAAGCAACCAGUGAAACCAAAGAGUCCAUUUGAUGUUCCUGGUGCCCCGAUCAACCUGCGUGCAACUGAUGCUAGCAAAUCAAAGAUCUCCAUCGCCUGGAAGCCACCAAAGACUGACGGCGGUGCCAAGAUCAAGGGCUACUGGAUCGAGCGUCGCCAGGCCAGGAGCACCCGCUGGGUGAAGCUCAACAAGACUCUCAUUGACGAUCUCGAAUACACAAUGACCGAUGUUGUUGAGGGCCAGGAGUAUGAGUUCCAGGUCAUGGCAGAGAAUGCCGAGGGUGUUGGCGCUCCUGCUGAUGCACUUGGACCAAUCAAGGCCAAGGAUCCUUAUGAUGUACCUGGACCCCCAGGCAAACCAGUCGUCACUGAGAUGCUUGCAAACAAAGCCAAACUCACUUGGACCCAUCCUAAGGAUGAUGGCGGCAGCCCAAUCACAGAAUACAUCAUCGAAUCGAAACGACCAACUGAUUAUAAAUGGUCCGUCGUCAACUUCGACACCAAGGUUACGAGUCCUGAAUACACGGUGCCUGAUCUGAUCGAGAAGAAUGACUACAUCUUCCAGGUGAAGGCUGUCAAUAAGGCGGGUGAGGGGAAGCCAUCAGAGCCAUCUGAUGUGGCCAGAUAUGAUGUUCCAAUCGAAAUUAUCAAGCCAAUUGAUGAGCAGCACAUCAAGAAGAUGCCAGCAGACGUCACCUUCGAGUGCGAACUCAACAAAGCAGACGUCGUUGUCGAGUGGUACAAGAACGACAAAUUGAUCGAUUCUAACAAAAAAUACAAAAUGUCCGCUCGUGGGACUCAUUACACACUCCAGAUUAAGGCUGUGACUGAUGAGGAUGAUGCAGACUAUACAUUCAAAGUCAAGAACAAGAAUGUCCAGUGCCAGGCGGGAUUGUUUGUCGAAGUUCCUCCUAAAUUUAUGGACAAGAAAUUGGAAGACACAAUAACGAUGAAGGUGAAGACGUCCAAGAUCAUUGAGGUGCCGUUUGUCGCGAGCCCGAUGCCAAAGAUCACAUGGGCUUUCAACGAUGGUAAAUUCUCUGAUGAGAAACGUGUGACCGUAGAGACAAUCCGCGGUAUGACUGCCCUGACAAUCAGCCGUGCUGAGAGACAGGAUGCCGGAGAUUACACGCUCAAGAUUGAGAACAAGUUCGGCACAAUCAGCAUGAGUAUCAGAGUGCGAGUCUUAGACAAACCAUCUGUUCCAAGGUCAUUUGUCCCAGAUGAGGUCACUCCUGAAUCUGCCCAACUUACGUGGAAGGAACCAGAAGACAGUGGCGGCUGUGACAUCACAGGUUACAUCAUCGAGAGGCGCGACGCCAACCGCCAGUCGUGGAACAAAAUCGGCACCACUGACAAGUGCGAAUACCAGGCAACACGUCUGGUGGCGGGCAACUCAUAUGUGUUCCGAGUCUCGGCGGAGAAUGAAGUGGGUGUUGGCCCUGCUGCUGAGAGCAAGACUGUGACUGCCAAAUACGGAUUCGAGAAACCUGGUGCACCAGACGCACCCAUCGUAUCCGAGAUCUUUGUCAAUAACUGCCAAGUCACUUGGAAGGCUCCAUCUAAAGAUGGCGGCUCCCCGAUCCUCGGUUACCAACUGGAACGCCGCUUGACCUCCAGCACUCGCUGGUCCAAGGUCAAUAAGAAUGGCCUGAAGGAUCUGACCUUGAAGGAUGAUGACCUCAAGGAGGGCAUGGAGUAUGAGUACCGGGUUGCUGCUGAGAACAAGGCUGGUUUUGGACCAUUCAGUCCUCCGUCUAAGCCUUUCACUGCUAAGGAUCCAUGGGACAAGCCAGGUGCUCCUGGUACCCCAGAACUCAGCGAAAUCACUGACUCCUCCAUCCGACUUGACUGGACCCCACCUCAAAAUGAUGGUGGCGCCCCCAUCCUCGGCUACCAUGUCGAAUACAAGUUGGCAGACUCGAGCAAAUGGACACCCGCUUCAAUUGACAAAGUCCUGGAUACCAAUCUGACAGUGCGACGCCUCAAGACGGACGCUGAGUAUGAGUUUAGGGUCUGUGCAGAGAACAAGGUCGGCACAGGUCCAUUCUCAAAGAUUGCGGAUAUUGUCAAGAUCAAGGCUCCACUUGUCGGUGACCCGCCGAAGGUCUUAGAUGAAAUGGCAGAUGUAACCGUCGUAGUCCCAGAAGACGCCGUCAUGGACUGCGUCAUCCAACCUGGUUCCCCGACUGCUGAGAUUAAGUGGCUGAAGGACGGCAAACCAAUCCCGUCUGAUCGCAGAUUCAAGCAGACCUACGAACGAAACACUGCCGAGCUGCGUAUCAAGGAGAGCAAACCAGAGGAUGCUGGGAAAUAUAAAUGCAUCGCCCAUAAUAUAAUCGGGACAGUGGAGACAUCUGGAUACUUGGUUGUCAACAUGCAUCCCAACAUCGACUAUGACAAGAAAUACAAAGAACCAGUCGAACUCGUCGCUGGCAAGACAUUCAGUGUUCCAGUCAAGAUCACCGGAGUCCCAAUGCCCAAGGUCACUUGGUCAACAAACGAGAAGCAGCUAGAACUCUCGAGCAAGAUUAACCUUGUUUUCAAGGACAUGGAUCAUGCCGUUCAUAUCAAGAACGUCACAAGGCAGGACGCUGGUAUCUACACCGUGUCGGCGGAGAACUUGGUCGGACGUAAACACGCCGAGUUUGAACUCAAAGUCAAAGACAAGCCAUCUCCACCACAAGAUCUCAAGGUCACUGACGUACAGAAGGAGUCAAUAUCCGUUUCCUGGCAAGCACCAACUGACGACGGUGGCGCUCCAAUCAAGCAAUACAUUCUUGAGAAACGCGACGUCACGAGGAGUAACUGGACUAGCGCAGGAAAAGUCAAGCCAAAUGAAUUGACACAGACUGUAACGAAAUUGAUCGAGGGCAAUGAGUACCUCAUCCGUGUGAUUGCUGAAAAUGAGAUUGGUCAGAGUGAGCCAUGUGAACUCAAGGAACCUGUCAAGGCCAAGAGUCCAUUUGAUGUUCCUAGCGCCCCUCUGAAGCUUCACGCAACAGAAGUUUGCAAAACUCAAAUCGCCAUUGCCUGGAAGACGCCCGAAUCAGAUGGAGGUUCCAAGAUCAUCGGUUACGUCAUCGAGAUGAGGAAAUCUCACAGCACCCGCUGGACCAAACUGAACAAGACACCAGUUCCGGAGUUGUCAUAUAAUGUGACAGAUGUCGUCGAGAACCAGGAGUAUGAGUUCCAGGUGUCGGCCCAGAAUGCGGAGGGUGUUGGUGCUCCAUCUGUUACCCUUGGACCUAUCAAAGCCAAGGAUCCAUACGAUGUUCCCGGACCACCUGGACAACCAAGAGUCCAUGAAAUCACUGCGGACUCUGCCAAACUGACAUGGGCACCCCCUACAGAGGAUGGAGGCAGCCCCGUUACCAGCUACACCGUCGAGAUGAAAAAACCAAUGGAGUACAAGUGGUCGACAGUCAGUGCUGACUUAACUGUCUCUCUGCCUGAACACACUGUGACCGGACUCAAGGAGUCAGUCGAUUACAUCUUCAGAGUCAGUGCGAGCAACAAGGCCGGCACUGGUAACCCAUCUGAGCCUUCUGAAGUUGCGAAGUAUGAAGCUCCUAUUGAAUUCACCAAACCACUCACAGACCAAGAGGUCAAGAAAAUCCCAGGACGUGCCACGUUCGAGUGCGAAGUCACCAAGACUGACAUUGAUGUGGAAUGGUUCAAGGGGGGCGUCCAGCUCGAGAGAAGCAAUAAAUACAAGAUGGAGACCAUCGGGAAGGUGCAGCGUCUUGUCAUCAGUGACGUGAAUGAUGAGGAUGAUGACAUUUACGUCUGCAAGAUAAAGGGCAAGGAGACCAAGACGUCUGCUGCUCUCAUUGUUGAAGUUCCACCCAAGUUCAUGGUAGAUAAAAACUUCCAAGAUGUCAUCAUCAUGAAGACCAACACAACUAAAAUCAUCGAGGUACCGUUCAUGGCAAGUCCGAUGCCUAAGAUCACAUGGGCCUACAAUGAUGGCAAGAUCCCGGACACGAAGCGUAUCACCGAGCAGACGAUCCGUGGCAUGACUUCGUUGACAAUCAGCCGCGCUGUGAGGAGUGACGCCGGUGACUACACGCUUAAGAUUGAGAAUAAGUUUGGCACAGUGAACAUGUCGAUCAAGGUGAAAGUACUUGACAAGCCAACUGCACCAAGGAAUCUAAAGCCAGUUGAGAUCACACCGGAGUCAUGCGUACUCAACUGGGAAACCCCAGAAGACAAUGGCGGCUGUGACAUCAGCAACUACAUCGUGGAACGCCGUGAUGCCAAUCGCCAAACUUAUAACAAGAUCGGUACAACCAAAGAACUCAACUUUACCGACACAAGGAUUGUUGAAGGGCGGGCGUAUGUGUAUCGGGUGUCGGCUGAGAAUGAGGUCGGAGUGGGUGAACCUGCUGAGACGAAGUCUGUGACUGCCAAAUAUGGCUUUAACAAGCCAGGCCCACCCAACGCACCGACUGUGUCUGAUAUCCUUAGUACCGCAUGCACCGUCAACUGGAAGGCCCCAGUUGACGACGGUGGCGCUCCAAUCACAGGCUACAUCCUUGAACGCGCCAUGGCGAACAGCUCCCGCUGGAUCAAGAUGACAAAAGAGCCAAUCAAGGAGACAACUCAUGAGGUGAAAGACCUCAACGAUGGGACUGAAUACGUCUUCAAGGUCAGCGCUGUCAACAAGGCUGGUGUUGGCAAGCCUAGCCCGCCUUCCAAACCAUUCACAGCAAAGGACCCAUGGAGCAAACCUGGCCCACCAGGAAUCCCGGAGUUCAGCAACAUCACAAACACGUCGGUCAGCCUGACCUGGACACCACCAGAGAAUGAUGGUGGUGCCCCCAUCACUAACUACAUUCUCGAAUCAAAGACAGUCGACGGCUUCAAAUGGAGCCCUGUCACAACAGACAAAAUCACUGAGACAACUUAUGUUGCUAGACGUUUGACGACGGAUGCUGAUUAUGUGUUCCGUGUGAGCGCUGUGAACAAGGUUGGCGCUGGCCCUGCAUCUGAGAACAGAGAACCUAUCAAGAUUAAGGAACCACUUGUUGGUGAUGCACCAGUUCUCAACAGUGACCUUGAGGAUGUGACUGUCAUUGCUCCAGAGGAUGCCAUCUUGGAUUGCAACAUCACAGGUGGCCAGCCUACCGCUGAAAUCAAAUGGUUCAAAGAAGGCAAACAGAUCACGUCAAAUGGCAAAUACAAGAUGUCACACAAUGGCAAAGUGGCCCAACUCAUCGUCACGAAGACCUCACCCAAAGAUACUGCACAGUACAAGUGUGUCGCCUCAAACAUCAUUGGUAGCGUCUCGUCGAGCGCGAUGGUGACUGUCAACAGUAAGUGUUGA